AGUCGCGAUUACGUCUCUGCAUUAGUAGGUUUAUUAUUUUCAAUCACUUGAUCAGUUGGCAGUGUUGUCGAUAGAAAAAGAACAAGGUUCGUUCGUUCAUUAUUUCAAGAUAAAUAGAUUGUAUCAGAUGCUGCAAUUACUUUUUGGAGUGGCUAUAUUAGCCGCUCUCUUCUAUUACUUUUGCGUUAAACCGUUGAACUACUGGAGAGAACGGGGAGUGAAACAAACAAGUAAAGUUUGGUUAUUUGGAGAUAACUGGUCUACGACCAUUGGUAAGGAAAGUUUCUUGGAUAUGUUCGUUAGAUGUUACAACCAGUUUCCAGAUUCCAGAUAUCAUGGGAUAUAUCAAUUUCUCCAGCCAGGUUUGAUGAUUAAAGACUUAGACCUCCUGAAACAAAUCACAGUCAAAGAAUUUGAUCAUUUUAUGGACCACAGGAGCAUAAUUUCCGAAGAUGUAGAUCCAUUAUGGGCCAAAAACUUAUUGGCAUUGACCGGUCAGAAAUGGCGAGAUAUGCGGCCUAUUCUCAGUCCAUCCUUCACCAGCAGCAAAAUGCGAUCAAUUUUCGUUCUGAUAUCGAAAUGUGCUGAGGACUUUGCUGAUCAUUUUCUUAAGAAAGAUGAGGAAAUAAUAGAAAUGGAAAUGAAGGAUACCUUCACACGUUUUGCUAAUGACGUUAUAGCUUCUGCUGCAUUUGGUGUGAAAGUCGACUCACUUGGAGAACCAAACAAUGAGUUUUAUUUGAGGGGAAAAGAGCUAACCAGUAUGGGCAAAUUUUGGAAAAGAAUGAAGAUUAUGGGGUUUCUUCUGAUACCAAAAGUUCUAAAG